GCUGAGGGAAACUCUUUUUUAGACAAAGUCGUUCGUCCAGUCCUAGCCGAGUUCAUCGGAACUACAUUGUUCGUGUUUACUGUGUGUUUAUUUCCUGCAAAAAAUACCAACUUAUCAGGUCUCCUACAGGGUUUUGCUUAUGUUUCCCUCAUUGCAGGACUGGGAAAAUUCAGUGGAGGGCAUUUUAACCCUGCCAUUACUGCUGCGGUGACUUUGUGUGGGGGUGUGCCUAUCCUUGUUGCAGUAUGUUAUAUCUUAGCUCAGAUGCUUGGAGGCCUGAUUGGGGCAUCCCUGGUUUUCGGUAUUUUAUCAGAAAGAGACUACAACUCAAGUGCUGGUGGGGCCACAGUACUGAGUAGUAGAACGGAGCCCGGCUGGGGAGUUGUGACUGAGGCCAUUCUGACCUUUAUGCUUAUUCUGACCGUAUUAAUGACAACAAUGGACGAAAAGAAACACAAACUGGCACCUUUGGCGAUUGGUUUUGCCGUCACUGUGGGAGUUAUGGCAGGAUUUCUUUUUGAAACAAGUGGCAGACAACGUAAAAACCCGUACUUGUGGAGCCAAAGUUCUACAAGUGAAAGACUCGAUGGUGGUGACCUGGUGUUAAAUUAGAAGUGUAUCGUUACAAAAUACAGAAAAAGCAAAAAGAAAUCCACAAACAAAAAUAAUGGAAUUUAAAGAUUUCCUAUUUAAAUGCACAACAAUUAGUUUCUGCUUUGUUUCAAUUGUAAUUACAUGUAUAUUAAAACCUUAGUAUUUUCCUUUACACGGAUUAUGUGAUUUAUUCUGCAAAAGCUGCUACAUUUAUUCCCGUACUAACAAUCAAAAAAAGAC